AUGGAGAACGUCAAUGUCGCUGAAUUGGUCGAGCGCCUGGGCAGCGAUGAAGAUGCCGUUCGGAAAAUGGCAGUGUUCAAGCUCCAGGGCAAUAUCGGCGAUCCUUCUUUCGCGGACCUCUUUAUUGCUGAGGGGGGAUUGACUCGUCUGAAAUACCUCACUCUUAAUGCGAGUGGGAAUACCCUCGCUUACAGUCUGACAAGUUUUUCAAGACUGCUUGACGUUGAUAAAGGGUGGGAGUGUGUUGAUGUGGAAUUGGUCGAGCGGGUGAUCAACAUCCUCCGCGGCGCAAUGUCAAUCUGCGUCUCCGUCGUCUCCCACCCCCACGCCGGAGGUCGCAACUCCCCCCAGCCAGACAUGUUCGGAUUCCGCGCUCUAAAACCCGCCAUCGCAAUCUAUCCCCAAUUCCUAGAAAUGCUCGUCAGUCGAUUAUCCUCCGCUGACCAUGCUCUCUGCGCCAAUGCUCUCCAAUUGAUCAAUUCCCUGAUGCGCGACUCCAUCACUCACGAUUCGGAGGCGGAGUGGCCGAAAUUUAUCCAACGAUUACAGGAUCUUGGCGUUAUUCGCGCGGUCUAUAAUCUUAUGCAGGAUUCUGCGUUGCAGGAUUUGGCUCACCCGUUGUUGGAAUUUCAGUCUCUUACUAAGGUGCUUCUUAGGAAGUGGAAGGAGAUUCCGCUUAAUCAGGAGAAACCUGAGCAUCGGAGGGCGUUGAAGGGGAUUCAUUUGGCUAGUAAUCAGAAGGGUUCGGAGGAGGUUCUAGAGAAGGAGAAGGAGUCUACCAAUACCACUAGCAACGCUGCCGACGACGCCAAACGUUCGAAAAGACACCACCCCGAGAAAUGGCGCCGACUGGGCUUCGAAUCCGAAAGUCCCGCGACAGAAUUCUACGGAGUCGGUUUCCUCGGCAUGAUGGAUCUUGCAGAUUAUGUUCGCAGCCACCAGGAUGAAUUUCAAAAAAUGCUCCUAGAGCAAUCGACAAAACCCUCCCGACAACGCUGCCCGAUCGCGCGAGCUUCGUUGGCCGUAACAUCCAUCCUUUAUGAACAUUUCGAAGUGGAUAAAUCCGAAAUGGACGAUUCGAAGAAUUACAUGCUUAUGGAUUCUCGAUCUAGUCUGGAUAGACUUUUCAGACCGUUACUACUUCACUGGACCCGUUUGCAUGUUGCGGGUUUACAAGCGUUUUUCCGGAUGUGGAAAGCUACGGCCGCGGAACUUGAUGAUCUGGAUAAACUCAUUGAAUUGGUUCGGAUUCUAAUCGAGUCUGUUGUCGGUGGUGCGGCGAGGACUAAAGAUGUCCAAGAUGUUGAAGAGGAACUCGCUAAUUACGAGUAUGCCCGUUUGCGGGAGUUGCAGAUGGAAUUACUCGAGCUUACCUAUGAGGAUGCUUGGGGCCAACACCUGCGCCAGGUUAGGGAGGAACUUCAUCAUGAAGCUUUGCAGUUUGUUAAGGAGCAACGGACUAGGUGUUUACUUCGUGGUGCUUGGUUUUCUCUGGAGGCGGGCUCAGGGUCGAAAUCCGAUCCGGUGACGACGGCUAAGGCGUCGAAUGCUUCGCAUCAGUAUGUGCAGUUGUCGCAUAAUCGGAGAUAUCUUCAUUUUGGAGAGUUUAAUUCUUUGGGCGAACGGGCGCCGGAGUUGGAUGCGCUUCCGGAGAAGAUCGACCUAUCAGCAGUCUCAUCAGUUGUAUCCAACAUCUCCGCCCCAGACAAUACUUCAACAUCAACAGUGAAAACCGCCCCCCGCGCCGCGACAAAAAUCACCAUCCACGGCUACGCACCGUCUUCUACCAGCCACGGCCAAGGCCACAAUCACUCCAAUUCCAAACAUCACCGCUCAACAUCCCGCUCAACGGCAAAAGAAAUAAUCCUCCUCGUUCUCCGUCCUUCUUCGCAUAGCGAGGCUUCGGAGUGGUUGGAUGGAUUACUUAUGUUGUUGAAUCAACAGCCUAUUACAUCCGAGACGACGAAGUUAAUUGAUCUUGUGGGUAAUUAUGGGUUGAAGAUUCGACUUCUUAAUGUUAGGUUUGAUGAUGCUACGUUUGCUGGGGAGGCUCCGCCUGUUCCGGGGAGGGGAGGGGUUGGAUGA